GUCGCUGUUACCUGGCGUGAUCGUGUGAGAAAAUAUGAUGGAAUAGGCUUGAAUUCGACCCUUUCAGUCCCAAUCCUUCCCUUGGCGGUUGACACCACCACUGAACUUGUUGCUAGUAAUGGUAAGAAAGUCAAUGCUCUGAAAAUCUUCUCUGAAUCGAUAACGUAUCUCGCAAAAGAGGCUCUGAAAGUAAUUUCCACAACAUCAGGUUACACAUUUUACAAUAGUGACAUCCAAUGGGUGUUAACUGUGCCAGCAAUAUGGAAACAAGUAUCUAAACAGUUUAUGAGGGAGGCAUGUAUUCAGGCAAAAAUAAUCCGAUCUGAUGACCCCACACAGCUGAUUCUAGCACUGGAACCAGAAGCUGCUUCGCUUGAUUGUCGCCAAAGGGAUCUAUCAGAGUUUGUGGAUGAAACAUUAAAUGGAACGCCUCCUGAAGUUAUUGCGUGCAACGGGCCUACCUACAUGAUUAUUGAUAAUGGGGGUGGCACAGUUGACAUUACUGUUCAUACAAUCAACAAUCAAGCAGUGGACGAAGUGUAUCAACCAACCGGUGGUGCCUGGGGAGGAAUAAACGUUGAAACCGAAUUUGAAAACCUUAUUAUUUUUCUAUUUGGGGCCAAAUUUAUUUCGAAUUUUAAGCAGAAUUCUCCAGCCGAAUGGUUAGAGAUGAUGGCAGACUUCGAAAUGAAAAAGCGAUCCCCCCAAUUUGUAUCCUCAAAAGCAAGUACUCGGAUUCGUCUUCCUCAUGCAUUUUUCAUGAACGGAAGCCUCAUGGCGAGGGCUAAAGGUCAAUACAAACCAUGCGAUGUAAAGCUACACAAUGGUUACCUAAUACUUAGUUAUGAGGUCAUGUCCAAUUUAUUCCUAGCCCCAGUCGAAAAUAUUAUCAAACAUGUAGAAACCCUUGUAAAUGAUGAUAAACUUAAGAAUCUUAGUAUUAUUUAUCUUGUUGGUGGAUUCUCAGAGUCCAGAUUACUGACAAAAAGAUUUGAAGAGAAAUUUGGUUCCAAGUAUCGAAUAAUGAUACCACUGGACGCAAGUUUGUGUGUUGUUAAGGGUGCUGUUUUGUUUGGUUUGAACACAAAAGCAGUUCAGACCAGAAUUUGUCCAUACACAUAUGGUUCAGAUGUUUCUGAAAGAUGUGAUAAUGUCAAAUGUAAUAAGAAGUACGCGGUUACCCAAAGGGGGGUAUGCUAUUGCAUGGUAUUUAGAACCCUGGCCACCAAGGGUGAAAAAAUAAAGGUGGGUGACACUAGGUCAUUCAAAUAUUGUCCUUUAUUCCCAGACCAGACGUCGGUUUGUUUUGGUUUUUACACGACAAUAAAAGACUCGGUGAAGUACGUCCGGGAACCAUAUGUCAAGAAGAUUGCGGAAAUCAUUCUCCCUAGUCCAGAUACAACCAAGGGAAAGUCGAGGCUGCUUAAACUCGACAUUGAAUUUGGCAAUACCGAGAUAAAGGUAACUACUUUAGAUAAGGAAAGUGGUAACGUUAAGCACUUAUCCUUAGAUUUUGUUAAAGGCUAA